AACACGAACACCACUUUAAACUCAUGAUCUCCUAACUUUUAUUAGCCCUCUUAAUUGAUUGAUUGACUCUUGUCCUAAUUAAAGAUCAUUAUCAUUAAUUAAAAAAAAUGAGAGACGAGGAUCUCAUAAACAAGAUUGAGGAGACAACCAUAGAUGCCAAUCGUUGUCAACAAGAAACGCUAGCCACCAUCCUUAAUACAAAUGGUAAAGUUGGAUACCUCCGGCGCUACCUCGGAGAUCAGAUAGACGCCGACACUUUUCGUCGAGUCGUGCCGUUGUCUACUUAUGAUGAUUACGCCGAUCAUAUUGAUCGGAUGGCCGAUGGAAUGCCGGAUCACGGCGAUGAGGAUGGUUGUCAUUUUCUCUCAGUUGAUCCACUAAUAUGUUUUUUUCUCAGCUCAGGGACGAGUGGUAUAAAGUCAAAGAUGAUACCAUAUUAUGAUUCAGCAUCGUCUAAGGCCGCCUCCUUCUUGGCUCAUUAUGGCAGCUCAGCCAUCCAACGCAGGUUGUUCCCUCAGAAGGCAUCAGUGAAUAAGAGCCUGUGGUUUAUAUAUGCUAGCAAUGUCACUGUUACAAAAAGUGGGUUCAAGGCAAUGGCUGCAUCAACACUACCUUUAUCAGGCAACAAAGAAACCCAGUCUCAGUUCCUUUCUACAUGUAUCGCUCCUGCACAAGUCGUUAAAGGUUCGAAUUUACAGCAGCAGAUGUACUGUCAUCUUCUAUGUGGCCUUAGAAAGUUUGAGAUUAUAGAUUCUAUACGAGCGCCGUAUGCUAUAGCUUUGAUCAAGGCAUUCUCUGUUCUACAAACCAAGUGGGAGCAGCUUUGUACGGAUCUUGAAUUCGGGUGUGUGACUUCAGAAAUCACAGAUACUGCAAUGCGAGACUCAGUCAAUGAACUUCUCGGUGGGCCUCAGGAAGAAAUCGCUCACAGGGUUCGAUCAAUUUGUCAAGAAAAGGAUUGGGGAGGGAUUAUUGGUAAGCUAUGGCCAAAUGCUAGAUUUGUCAGGUGUAUUACUACAGGGAGUAUGCAACAGUAUUACAAGAAACUGAAGCACUAUGCAGGUGAUAUACAGUUGUUAGGUGGUGAGUAUUUUGCUUCAGAAUGUUGUGUGGGUAUCAACAUGGAUAGUAUACAACCUCCUGAAACGACCCGUUUUGUCAUGCUCCCAACUGCGGCUUACUUUGAAUUUCUUCCAUUCGAUUUAAACGAUAAUGAUAAUGGUUUUCCAUCUGAAGAAACAGUUGAUUUUUCUGAGGUGGAAGUGGGGAAGAUGUAUGAGGUUGUUGUGACUACUUACAGAGGAUUGUAUCGCUAUCGUUUAGGUGAUAUAGUAAAAGUGGUAGGCUUCUAUAACUCAUCACUUGAACUGGAGUUUGUCAUGAGAGCUCCUAAAAAUGCUAAUGAAGUUUUGACUGAGAGAGACUUGUUCAGAGCUGUUGAGAACUUGGAGCUUGCAGGGGGAAGUCUGUUACAUGGGCAGAUAGUAGAGUUUUCCGCUUUUAUGGACUUAGAUUCAGCAACUAAACGCGUAAAGAUCUUUCUUGAGUUUUCUGACGGAUGUAUGCUUCUAAGUAAAGAGAAGAAAGACGAGUUGAUUUUGGUUCUUGAAAGCUGCCAGUCUACUAUUGAAGAUGGAUUGGGAGCCAUGUAUAAUCUGAAGAGAGGGAACGGAGAAAUCGGGACUUUAGUGUUAUCAGUUGUGCAGUCUGGCACCUUUGAUUUGUUACUCCACAAGGCUGUUGAAAAUGGUGCUCCUGCUAGUCAGUAUAAGCCACCCAAAAUCAUUAGAAAACAGGAAAUGUGUUCUUUUAUGGAUGCUAAUUCAGCUUUGACAAUAUGUUUCAAUUGAUCUUGAAGAUAACCAUACAGUAAAUGCGAGUUUAUUUA